AUGAAGAAAAUCAUUGAUGACAUCUGGAGGACAGGAAAAUGGCCAGCCGAAUGGGUAAUUUCAGAAUUGGUGCUCCUACCCAAGGUUUUCGGAACUCAGGACUGCACCAAAUACCGAACUGUCAGUCUCAUUAGCCACGCCUCGAAGAUUCUCCUAGAAAUUCUUCGGCAAAGGCUGCAAUACUACCUAGCACCAGAGAUUGCAGAGGAACAGUUUGGGUUCACGAGAGGCAAAGGAACCACUGAUGUCAUUCUAGCUGUCCGAAAUAUCAUUCAAAAGGUUGUUAACAAGCAAGAAGAGGAUCAAGCUUGGUUUUUGUUUAUUGAUUACACCAAAGCGUUUGACUCGUAUUUCAUGAUGCUUUGUGGAAGACCCUAA